AUGGCGGCGUCGAUUGUGUACCACCUAGUGUUGUCCGUCAUAAUUGGAUUUAUGGUGAGAGGUGUUUGCUGUCAGUCUGCAGAAGAAUGGAUCCAGCAAGGCAAGGACGAACUUGAGAAAUAUCUUGAAUUGAAACAAAAUACCAACAUUGCUAAAAACGUGAUUGUAUUUCUUGGAGAUGGUAUGGGGAUACCAACAGUGACGUCUGCGAGAAUAUACAAAGGUCAAUUGGCAGGUCAAACUGGUGAAGAAUAUGUUUUGGGGUUUGAAGGUUUGCCGCGUGCUGCAUUAAUUAAGACAUACAACACAGAUUACCAAGUACCUGACUCGGCCGGUACAGCAACUGCUAUGUUAUCGGGAGUUAAAACAAAAAGGGGACUAAUUGGUGUAGAUUCCUCUGUACAAAGAGCCAACUGCAGUUCAGUGACUGAAAAAGCCAAGUUGGAAAGUGUAUUUGAUUUAGCAGUAAAGGAAGGAAAAUCAGCUGGAAUAAUUAGUACAAAAUCAAUAACCAAUGCAUCACCAGCCUCUGUGUAUGCUCAUUCGCCAGAGCGGUACUGGGAAUCCGUUGGUGUCGAUGGUUGCAAGGAUAUCGCAGCCCAGUUCCUCGAGAAUUCAUUGGAUUUUCAGGUUGUUCUAGCUGGAGGCAGAAAAACCAUGAUGCCCAUCUCUGAAACAGAUCCAGAAGACCCCGAAUUGAGAGGGGAACGGCUUGAUGGUCGUAACUUGAUAGAUGAAUGGGUUGAUAGUAUUCCAGACGGAAUAAAUGCGCAAUACGUGUGGAAUCAAGAACAAUUUGAUAAUGUAGAUACAGACAAUAUUGAGUAUUUAUUGGGUCUGUUCGGUCAUGAUGAGAUGAAGUUUGAAUGUAAGAGACAUAACGACACAGCUGGUGAACCAAGUAUUGUUGAAAUGGUUGAAAAAGCCAUAACCAUUUUACAGAAGAACGACAGAGGCUAUUUUCUUUUCGUAGAAGGAGGACUAAUUGACACCGCCCAUCAUGGUAACUGGGCAUAUGGAGCCAUCACAGAUACUGUAGCCUUUGAUGAUGCAGUAGAAAAAGCUCUUGAUAUGGUGAGCACUGAGGAUACACUGGUCAUAGUAACAGCUGAUCAUGGCCACGUGAACACGGUGAAUGGAUAUCCAUACAGAGGAAAUCCUAUUUUGGGUGUAACCAGUGAUGUUCUAGAAGCAUAUGACGAGUUACCGUACACUACAAUAACGUAUGCCAAUGGACCGAGUGGUGUAGCAGUAGCAGCGUCAUACAGAAUCAACGGAACAAGACCAGACAUACGAUUACAAGAUACAGAAUCACCUAAUUACAUUCAGCAAAGCUUGGUGCCAACGGACAGUGAAUCCCACGGCGGUGAAGAUGUAUCCCUUCAUGCCGAUGGACCAUAUUCACAUUUAUUCCAAGGCGUACAUGAACAAACUUACAUCGCACAUGUCAUCAAAUAUGCAGCUAGAUUGGGUGAAUAUGCAGAGGAUCAUAAUAACGGUGUAUCCUUGCUACAUGUACGUCUCCACGUAUGUCUCUGCCUUGCCAUUGUGUUUUGUUUCCAAUUCAUGUAUUUUCCUGGUUUAUAUAAUCUGUAA